AUUCAGUCAUUCGAUGUUUGCGUUCGCUGAAGACAAUGAGCUUGAAUUCUUCCUGGGAGAAAUGCGCGACUGAAUUUGAUCCUGAUCCGGACAUUGCCGGAAUUGGUGUCGUCACCGCUUUCAUUACUGCUUCAUGCUUGGCAAUUAUUAGUAUAAGCUUGUACCUUGCUAUAGCGAGCUCUGGGGUGAACGUCAUUGAGGUCGGAGGUGCGAGACCACCACCUCGUCUUGGCUUCGUGGAAUCCGUCAAUCCAAUUGACGACUGGGUACGAAGGAAUGUUUCGGAUCCGUUUGUCAGGCUUCUUGUCAGAUCAAGGUGGAUCAGAGCGCAUAUCUAUCAGCUGCAGCGCGGUCUCUACUCGUUCGUGAUAACACUCGCCGAUACACAAAUCAUCACUGGCAUGGCAAUAUUAUGCACUGUCAUCAUCGAAUUGCACAGAAAAGAGAUAUCGGUCUAUCAUUUUAUGACGGCGACCAACCUUGCAUGGCUCACAAGUGGCGUACACAUACUAACACUCUACGCCAUUCGCGUUGAGACACAUGGGGGAUUGGGCAGCAAAGCUGUUCAUUACCAAUUGAAUGACAGGGCUCUUUACAAGAAGGAUCAGUUGACUUCAUCCUUGGGUGCAGACAUGACAUGUCGGAUUUUCGCUAUGCUUGUCCUUGCGGCGUUACUGCUGUACUGCACCUGGAUUAACGGGGCUGGAGAAUGGGAUAAUUACGACGAGCGGUUAGCGAGCUGUGCAAUCGGCAUGAAAAAAGCAGGGAGUCCUCUCUCUUGGAUGAUUGCGAGUUAUGUCCUGCUCAUCCAGGGGUAUACCAUCCAGUGUCUGUCAUUAUGGCCCACAGUCUCGAUAUGGUGGACGAACAAGAUCAAGGUUUUGGGUUCCGAUGAUAGAGUCUUGGGAGCACCAAAGAAUGGACAGAAACGCCGCUGGUGGAGGUUGAUAGUCAUGCCCCUGUAUUAUGCAUUCAACUCGGAAGCACUGGGUGUUCUUCUUUUUGAUGGAGUUCUGUGGUUUGGUCUUGGAGUUUGGUGGAUUCAGGCAGAGAGGAUAUAUGUACUUGGUGCGUGGGAAGGGAUGGAGUCUGAGAGCGACAUUGAGGGAGUUAGUCAGCUGCUGUGCCUCCUGAUACUGGUGGUCCCAUUUCUUCAGGCCAUGCGCACGUAUCAUGGUGAGUCGCCGCUAAGCCCACAAGGGAAUCGCUUUGGGACACUGGCUGACGGGUGCAUUGUUCUUCAGACCAUUCCAGAACAUACCCUCAAGAGCUUGGCUUGCUCCGAGGGCAAGGUGCGUAUGAUAGCGGACAAACAUCGCAGGAGGUAUUGGCUCGAGGAAACGGCGUCGACAGCGAUGGCAUCGAAACUCCCAUACGCUUGGGAUCUGUCACUCGUACAGCAUAUCCAGUAUAGGCCGAGACUCGCUGUGACACUAUCCAAAGCUUAGCUUUAGUACGAGACAGGGGUGCAGCGGCUUGUGCCAUAGCGUAAGAGUUGUUUGCGGGGUGGAUUCUGAAGAACCUGGUCGAGUUACGAAGACUCUACUGUGGUUGGUCAAGCCCGAGCUAAGCUCGUAAACAAUACGGCAGAGACCAUACAUACUCAUUCUCUCCAUCAGUCAAGCUUCACUUUACGACCGUUUUGUUGCGUCAAAUAAUGAGUCUGCCUUGCGCUCACCGGCCUCCAUGAGUCUCAUGCAGUAUGUGACGCGUGUACACUGGUAGGGACCCGCGUAGAAGGAAGCCAAGAAGGGCAAAGUCUCCAAGGCAGGCUGAGCAGUAUCACAGCACAGUCUGUUGUAUACGUCAGCUCGCUCAGAACUUUUGUCAUGAACCUGAAUCCACGAGAAUAUGUCCAGCUUCAUGAUACGCUUGUAGCCUUUAGACAGAGACAGGAUACCGAGAGACGUCGCGGCUUCGCUGAUGCUUCUCCGGUAAAGACUGAGAGUCUGGGCAAAGUCAGGGCAUGCCUUUGCGGACGUUCACAUCUAACAAGACGUUGACUAACCUGCAUUCUGCUUCUUUACCGUUCCGACUUUAGCAUUAAGCAUAGAUCCCAAGGUCUCGGAAUAUUGUUUUGAGUAGAUGACUGUGCCUCGCAUACCCGUUGACUCACAUUAAGCUUGAAUAUUGAGUAUCCAUACAAAUCUAAUCAUGAAGCUGUAUCUCGAA